AAGUUUGCAGAGCGCAGUUGUCCGGCAGCCAGUCUAGUGUGCUGUUUGCAAAUAUCCUGAGCUGAGCGCUGCGAAGGGAGAGAGGAGAAGGAAGUGGAGCACUGACGGACGGACCGCUGCUACAAACAAACCUUCGCUUGCAUCGCAGAGGGGAUCGUUCUUUAUUCCUUUCACAGACAUUUUUUUUUUUAUUUAAAACGCGGGUGUUUAGAUUGUUUGGUUUUUGUUUGUUUUUUUUUUACUAUUAUUUUUCCCACCCCCUCCAAGACAAUUAAGUUCGGGGAAGAAAAAUGGAUGUUUUACCGAUGUGUAGUAUUUUUCAAGAACUUCAAAUAGUUCACGACACGGGCUAUUUCUCAGCCUUACCAUCUCUGGAGGAGUACUGGCAGCAGACUUGCUUGGAGUUGGAGCGCUACCUACAGAGCGAGCCGUACGUCUCCACGUCCGAGCUGAAGUUCAGCAGCCAGGAGGACCUCUGGAGCAAGCUGAUCCUGGCCUGCGGGGACAAGGCCAAGGCCGACCCGAACCUGGCCCUGGCGCCGGCCCACGACGAGGACAAUCAGGACGGCCAGAUCUUGGACAGCAACAGCGUCAACUCUGACGCCAGCAGCGAGGCUUCGGACAGUUUCGAGGAGCUCUCCCCCACGCACAGCUUUACCUCCAACCCGUUGGGGUCGGCGUUGGUUGGCUCUGGACCUUUUAGCCCCUCCGUCAUCAGCACGCCGCCGUCCUCGCCGGAGGCCGCCGUGGGCACGGGCGCCGCCGUCAACGGCUGGGUGGCGACGCACGCCGGGCUGAACCUGCCUGUCAAAAUCAGGACCGCCGGCGGCGGUGGCGUGGGAGUAGGAGGCGCGGCGGUGGCGAAGGCCGCGGAAAAGACUGGACUCCUCUGCGGGGACGCGUCCCCAGACGCCCGGAGGCGGGUACACAGGUGUCACUUCAACGGCUGUCGCAAGGUUUACACAAAGAGCUCGCAUCUGAAGGCACACCAGCGCACUCACACAGGUGAGAAACCGUACAGGUGUUCGUGGGAGGGCUGCGAAUGGCGCUUUGCACGGAGCGACGAGCUGACCAGACACUUCAGGAAGCACACAGGGGCCAAGCCAUUCAAAUGCAAUCACUGUGACAGAUGUUUCUCCAGGUCCGACCACCUGGCCCUUCACAUGAAGAGGCACGUCUAACGCAGGGCCAGCGUCGACCGGGCAACGCACCGAAGGGAAAAUCCUCUUAAAUUUUCUCUCUCAAACUUUUUUUUUUUUCUCUUUUUUUUUUUUUUUUUUUUUUUUUAUUCUUUGGUGGAGAGAGGGAAAAAAAAAAUAAAAAUCCCAACGCACGCCAUCUCCCGACUGGCCUCUUGGUUGAACUGUCCCAGAGAGCAGAGCGGCGAGGGCGACGGGGGCGGGAGGAGGAGGCGUGUCCCAGCCAAAGCAUGCCGUUUUGCACCGUACCGAAAUAACCCAGUGCCUCCGGGACCUCACUUUGUUUAUUUUCUCUUUUUUUUUUUUUGGAGACGGGCGCUCUGAUGGUUUUCUGUUGCAACAAGACGACGAAAUUGCGGACGCGAGUGGGAAGGAAAUGUUUUCCAUCGAGGACUUUAAGAAAAGACCGGGGGAGGGGUCUAUGGGGGGCGGGGGGGGACAACAAAAACAAACAAAAAAAUGCUUACAGAAAAAAAAAAAAAAAAAAGGCGAGUGAAUGAAUUGUACGUAUGGUGCAUGAUGUUUUGGGGGGGAAACGUCUCCCGGACAGCAGAUACACUGGUACUUUACAAACCUGUCUGAGGUUAGCAUGUCUGCACUGUGAAUGUCUGAGAUUGGCUGACCGGCCCAGGAUGAGGAUUGAAGAGGAGACGGAUUGGUGCGGGGCUGGUACCAAUGUUGCUGUGGACUGAAUGAGUUUCUGUGGCGGAGGCGGGCUUGGGGCGGCGACAUUCCUGCUGUUUCCCCAGGUGGCAGCGUGAGCAUGAGGCCAGGUCACGUCUGCCUCGUCUGUCUGGCUCCCAGACUCUGAAGGCGAGGGGACGGGAAGCAGGGGGUGGAGGUGGAGGUGGGGGUUCGGAUCGCUUCAUCUGAAACCCGUCAGGCUUUGGGUCCGACCAGAAAAUAGACACGAAGCCUUCUGGUCUGUGCCUCCACCCCCUCUUCCCUGAAUGACAGAAGCCUUGUUUUGGUGGCUUUUCUUUUUUUUUUUUUUUUUUUUUUGGUGCAGCUACUAAAUGUGCAAUGUGUUAUGUAGCCUGGUUUCUUAAUUUUUCUACAAGCUACAAAACCCAUUUGUAGUACCGACUGUAUGAGCUGUGUGCUUAGAGGUAAUAACACAACUAUACUAUUAACUUCAGUAUCAUAGACAGGUGUUGCAUGGUUCUAGGGAUUGUUUCCAUUUCCAGUUUCCCACUGUAAUCAGGACUGCAAAUAGUUUCAAGAAAAGUGCAGCUAAAGACGCAAACGGUUAGAUGUUACAAUAUUGUACAUAACGGCCUCCACAAUUCCUCCUUUUGUUUUUUUGGUGUUUUUUUUUUUUUAGUGGAGAUGCACCGAUCUGGCUUGACCGGCCCAUGCCAAUUUAUUUAUUUGAUCUUUUUAUAUGUUCUUUUUAAAAAUCAAACACAAAUGAAGGAAUAACUUGUCCCCCAUUGUGCAUCUAGGUGUACGUCUCCAACAUUUACCAGAUUCCAAUAAAUUUACAUUUUUAAUCAUUAUUAAACAACAAAAGAAAGCAUCAAGUACCUCCUGUUAGUUGAAAAAAUGUGGGGACUUUUCAUUUUGAUGCUUUUAACACAAGGGGAAAAAAAUAAUACUUUUUUUUUUUUCUCAGUAUGUUGCCAUGCAGGUCAGGGGGGAAAUAAUCGGCCGAUUCCAACAUCUGGCUGGUCGAUCGGUUCAUCUCUACUUUCACCGUUUUUUUUAAGUUUCCUCUUCAUUGUGGUUGCCCAUCUGCCUGGAGAUUUCACUGCUGCUCAUAUCCAUCUGAUGCCUCAAAGACUAAUUUCUGCAUAGUACUUCUUCUUUUGUUUAUGUAUGUGUGUGUGCCUGCACUCUUUUUCUUUCUACCUAAUAAUGCACUGUUGACCUUAAUGGUGCCUUAUGCAAGUGGCCACCCCCACCCGGGGAUGUCACGUUUGUCGACUGGUGAUUUAUUAUUUUAAUUUUUUUUUUUUACAAGCUCUAUCAAGGCUCAAUUACAAAACAGUUGCAAUAGUUAAAUUUUCCCCGUGACUAAUUGAGCUGCUGCAUUUGGAAGUCUUUCACACAGAGUACCUGUUAUCACUUGAUUUGCCUUUUUUUGUGUAUUAGUUUUUUUUUUUUUUUCUUUUGUGAGACGGAGCAGUGGGUUAGCUGUUGCUCAUCACAUUUAAGUUGAGUUGUAAAUAAGACGAUGCUGCACCCUGGGAGCACUUAAAUUCGUUUAUUAAAGGCGUUAACUACUGUGUAGUAUGUACUUGAGUCCAUCUCACACAGCACAAAGGUGGAAAGCGAUUAAGAUGUUGAAAUAAAAAAAAAAAAAAAAAAAAGGACAGCGACGCUCCGUUUCGAGCGCCUUCCCUGGGAUUCCGACCGUAUGGCGGCACAGACGCUCGCAACAAAAAUGCGACUUUCUUUUCCGCAGCAAGUGACGAAGCAACCGUCGUCUCCCAAAAAAAAAAGGCUUUCUGAAACUUUAGCUUUAGCGCAGCUUGAACUCUGUUACCCCCUCCUCUCCUCUGCUGGUUCUCCUGUCCCCGCAUCCAAGUGGGAGUGAAGGGGGUAAAAAAAA